AUGAAAGCAGAAGUAAAAAAGGAUAAGAAAUAAAUAAAUUAAAGAUCUCCAGAAAAAGUAUUAUAAAAGAGAUAUAAUAAUAAUUAAGUACAAUAUUUAGUAAAGUGGAAAGAUUAAGAUGAACCAAUUUGGGAUGUAGAAGAAAACAUUAGAAAUAUAAUUUAAAAUAUACCAUUAAUUGAAUCUGAAUUAUAAGAAAACAAAAAUGAUAAAUAAUAAAAAUAAGUUACACCAUAAAAAAAUUAAUUUUAAACAUUGUAAUAUAGUUUUAAACAUCCCAAUUGUUCAGGAGAGCUGUUAUUUAAUACAUAGAAAGAGAUGACAUAAAAAUACUGUUUUGCAUAUCCAUAAUUUGGAGAUGAAAUAGAAAGUGUUAAUUUAAUUUUAACUUAAGAAGAUUGUUUAUUUGAGAUUAAAUGGAAAACUAGGACUGAUGGAACAAAACCUAUAUCUGAUUUUUAUCAAUAUGAUUAAUUUAAAGUAGUUGCUCCAAUGCUUUUUAUGGAUUUCUUAGAAAUUUGUAUAUUAGGACAUGAAAAAAAUUCAGACAUCAAAUUUAUAGCACCUGGUAAAGAUAAUAUUCAAAGAGCUUAACUCAUUAAAAGAAUAUUAUUACAAGACCCAAAAUAUAUUGAUACUAAUAAAAAUUAAUCAAAUGAAGAGAUUUAAUUUAAUGACUAACCUAAAGAGAAAUGUGAGCAAUAAAAAAAAAAAAAAAUAAUUACAUUUAUGCAAUCAGAAUAGAAAUAAAAAUAAGCAAUAGCAACACAAAAUUAAAUAAUAAAAUAAACAUAAGUAGAAUAUUAAGAACAAUUACAUGCUGAAGGAUUAUCUUUAGAAGAUUAACGAUAAGAGGAAAAGUAAUCUUUGUAAUAUAAUAAUAUUGAUGAAGGAGAAAAGAAAUAAAUUAUUGAUUCUAAAUAAUGUGAAAAGUCUAUUUUUUCAGAUGAAUAAUAAGAAUGA